AUGUAUCGUUGUUCAAUAAUCGAAAGAAAAGCUCUUUCGAUAAUUGAAAAAUGGCGUGACUAUCGAAUGGAUAAAGAUUUAAGAUAUUUUGCAUAUUAUACUGCAUUGACACUAGUUAAAGAAGGUUCAAAUAGUCCUAAUUUGAUUGAGAUCAUCAAAAAAACACUGGUUAUUAAUACAAAGUUUCACUUGAAAAACAUCAUUACAGAUCUUUUCUAUGUACGACCUGUAAAUCCAACGAUUUUUCGUCAAGUCUUUGCUACUUUACAACAAAAUAUUCCUUAUUCUUCACAAAUUGAUGUUGGAAUUUAUUCCAAAGAAAUAUUAGAAUUAAUUCUAAGUUUAGAACUCGAACAAAUAACUUCGAAUAUUCAUCAUAAGAAUAUUACUAAACCAUAUUUAUUAAUGACUAACUAUUGUUCAGAACAUUUAGAAGUCUAUCUUAGACAAUAUUUGCUUGAAUUUAUGCAAAUAGAAAAUACUUUACAGCAUAAUAUUAAAGAAGAACAUUUUGCUAUUAUUUUUAAAUGGAUAAUCGAGAUAUGGAAUUUAUCAUCUGAUCAAGAUUUGGAAGUAAUUGUUCAACUUAUUGAUAUAUUUAUUGUUAAUCUUUAUAAUUAUUUAUGUAACAAAGAAAACAUUGAUUAUCUUACUGAUUUUAUGCCUAAUUAUGUUGAUAUAGCACUGCAAUUUUGUGAAAGAAAUUUGCAUGUAUCUCGUAGUGCUAUAAAGAAUUGUUCUUUUGGCGAAGAGAAAUUUCGAAAAGAAUACUUACUCUAUUUCUAUCAGACUAAUAAUCUAGCUGAUCGUAAGAUUUUAGUACAGUUGUAUGCUGCAUUUGAUGGAAUUACAAAUGAACUUGUUGAAAUGGACUGA